AUGAAGGCCUACGUCGACGAGGGGGUGCAAUACCCAACCCCAUCGGGUUCGAGGUUUGCUCCUGCCUCGGCGAACCAAUUGGGACUUGAUGUGGCCCCGCCUGCCAACAGAGUUCACACAAGCAUCCCUCAGCCUUCUGAUGCUCCGAAUCCAAGCGUCCUCAGCCAGGCUUCGUCCCAGGUGCUCGUCCAUCGAUUCACCCUCAUCAGACCUGCGUCCAACCCUGUCCGGUCGAACCCAAACCUGCGCAGCACCACUCCCACCUCGGCGGGCGGCGGCGGAGGGAGUGGUUGGUCUCCGUUGAACUUCUUCUUCUCGCCGCUCACGGUCAAAUCGCAAGCCCAGAAUGCCAAAUGCGACCUCUGCCACCGACGAUUGGGCAAGGCCGCAGCACUGGAAUGCGACGAUUGUGGGAUGAGAUGUCACGUGAAGUGCGGUGAAGGGGCGCCGAGGGACUGCGGAGUCAGGUUUCCCAGAGCAGCUCCGGCCGUUCCUUUCCCUGUGCCAACGGGGGUCAUUCGUGCAGCCCCGACUCCCCCAGUCGUUCAGGGGACGACAGCAGCCGCGGCACUCCGAGAGCUCCAGGCUAGGGCGGGCGAGGCUGGACCGGCAGGGGUGGCAGCAGCGGGGAAGACGAGAUCUCCCCCGGGGUCGCCGGGGAGGUGGAA